AUGCGGCAAAAUGUGCCGAAAAGAGAAGAAGCGAACGGAAGUGUUAUGAAGAUGAAAGAGUACCAGUUUUGUUUGCAUUUCAGCACGAGCGGCGAUUUGAAGAUGACAUUUGACGUUUCGAGUCGCAGGUCAAUUGGGGUCGCAAUUCGAAGCUGUCGGAUUAGGGAAACGUAUGUUCGUAUUUUUUGGUUGAAAGUUUGUAUAAAUUUAAAAAAGUUACAGUAAUUUAGUUUUAAAAUUAAAAAAAAAACUACAGUAACUUAGUGUUAAAAAGCUAAAUCGACUAACAAUAUAUUCAUAGAAUACCUAUAACAAUAUAUACUAAUUUUUACUUUUUUCCGCUAUAUUAAGGUUAGUACUGUAAACCUUCGACCGAUGUACUGUAAAAGCUUAAGCCAAUGUACUGUAGAACUUUAGAAGGCAAUUUAAAAAAGUCGCUAGAGUACUGUAAGACUAAGUCUUUACGUUUACACAAAGCUACACUUUGGCUAAUUUCAAAGUUUACAGAAAUCAACCGGUCAUGUUGUCCCACCUCAACUCAUCGGCCGCUCCCACCUUUGACCUGCUAGCCCAAACAAAUCAAAAUUCGAAAAAAAGGUCGGGCGGGGGAGUGGCUGACUACUGUAGCUUGCGUUAAGUUACACAACGAGAUCUCGGCUGCCUCGCUUAUUAUAUUAGACAGCAGCCACUUGAGCCCCAAUGUUUGCCAAGAAUAUGGGGCUCGAGAGAUCUCGCGCAACACUCCCCCCCCCCUAUCCGCCCGCCCCAACAACAAUCAGCACAUCGACUCGUCAUAGCCGGACUUGAACUUUUUAUUAAGCCAGUGUUAUCCACUUAAUCGCCAAGUCAAGAGCAGGCAUCCUCAGGAGUGGCCUAUCGAUAACAGCCCAUAUUGCCACUCAAGUUGAAGAGUCGAGUCAAUUAAAGUAAGUACUUUUAUUUUAAUAUCAUCUCGACACGUCUGAAGUGUACGAGACGGAUGAUUGGUACUCGACAGCGUUGUUACGAGAAGAUGGUACUCGACAGCGUUGUUAAGAGUACUAAACGGUUCAAAAAGCGGCCGAUAGCCAGGAAUUUUCAUUAUGAUGCGGCCAGUAGUCUUACCUAGCCAAGGCUUAGCUAAAUAAAAAAUUAAAAAGCUAGCAGAAAACAAAUUUUUUAAAAAACUUUUAACAACCAAUGAUAACAUCAUACCUAAAAAUAGCACACUGUUUAUAUCCAGUAGAUUGGAAACUCCAAAAAUGCCGAUAAAGAGCCAAUGACAACAUAGAGUUAUACUAGAAAACUUAUUCACCCUAACCAAGACCUGCCCCUUUUCAGAAUCAUGAACACGGCGUUUGCGAACGCUGUGGCCGCCUUAGGCACUCCAACCUCCUCUUCAAGUGAUAGUCGGUAAGUGUCAUCAACAAGUGUGUUGUUCGUAAGUACAAUAACAUAAUAGCACUUUAGGGUCGAUAGGAGGAUUAACUUUGACCUUGUGGAGUUGAGAGGUGAAUAGCUAUCUUGUUCUAGAGAUGAGGGAUAGUGAACCGUGUUACUCUACAAUUUUAGAGAUCACUUGCGUACCUUUCUUUGUAAAAAAUAAGCAAUAAGGCACAGAAUUAUCUGAACCUAAUAAUUAGUCUAUCAUAACAUAUUUACCUUGUUUUAGAGCUGAAAGCAAGCCUGACACUUCUGAAUUGUGCUCUCAACCUCCAACAACAUCGAUUUACACUAAUCAAAACCCUUGGGCUGAACAUAUCCCACUACUAGGAAGUAAGUGAAUAUUUUUCAAUUGAUAAUAUCCUCUCCUUAACCUAAAAAUUAUGAUAACAGCCCUCCUUAACCUUAUAUUUAUUAACUAACUAAUAUUAUUCUUAUAUGAGCUCUACAAAACAAAAAUGAUCUUUUUUAGACUACACCUCAACUCUAGACUGCAAUGUUAAUAUCGGAAACAACUAUGUCUAUGACCAAUCAUUCCAACCUGCCUACUUUACUGGCAAUGGUUAUAUACCAUCGUACGGUGUAUUCUGCGACACUUUUGGAGCCCGACUAGCUACACAAGGUAUAGAUUCAGAACUUCCUGGAAUGUCAAUUGAAACUCAACUUAAAACCGAAAUCGACGAUGAAAAGUAAGUUUUAAUCAUAAGGAUAACAUAUUUUUACUAUGGAACCUAGAUUUUACUCUGAAAAAAACGUUUUUUAAACAUUUGGUACUAAUUUGCUUUAACAUAUCGAUAGAACAAAAAAUAAUAACCAUCAACUUUUAGAGCCAAGUCAGAUCACGGUGAAUCAGACGGCGGAGAAGAUAUGGAAGAAUCGUUUGAUGGAAAGAAGAGGAAACGAAAAAGACGAGUACUAUUCACAAAAGCUCAGACAUUCGCGUUAGAACGACGUUUCAGACAUCAAAAGUAUCUAUCGGCUCCAGAAAGAGAAGAACUAGCCAGGGAAAUCAAUCUAACGGCUACACAAGUCAAGAUUUGGUUCCAGAAUCAUAGGUGAGUUCUUCUGGAAUCGCUUCUGUAUUUUACCAGAAAACUCUCUUCUUGAAUAAGACAUUAAGCUAAAACAAUACCUUUGCAGGUACAAGAACAAGAAGGUGACUCCAGAAAAGCCGGCUUCAUCGUCCAGCUUCGAAUCCUCGAACACGGUGCAAAAUGCUCCAGCUGACUUCUCAACCCGUAGAAUGCAAAUUCCUGUCAUUAUGAGGGAUUCGAACUUGAACAUGAACAAUGUCUUCCCCAACGCCGCAUAUCUUCCUGUAACCUCGACCGUACCCACCUCAACUUUCGCGCCACAAUAUUAUAUGAACAACGCCUGGACGUGGCCUUCUUAA